AUGGGCAAAUUCCAGUCCAAACACGCUUCGAAGCCCAGGCAGAGUCCAGAAGGACGGAGUUUGGCUUCCAGUGUGCUGAGAGAGUCGCAGAGUAGCCACAUAUGCAGAAGAAAGCUGACAGAGAACUUGUAUGUGGAAUUGAGGAAAAGCACUUCUGAUCAUAACUGCGACAUGAAGGUGGUUCAGCCACCAGAAGAAGAGAAGACGCCCGAUAAAGGGACCAAUUUUCACUUCAAAUGCAAGAAGGAAACAAAGAGGAGGAGCAGCCGUGCUGCUGUGAGUGAGGGCAUGGAGGGUAACGUGCUGCCUGGAGACGACUCUCAGCAGGAGUGGACCUUCACACUGUACAAUUUUGACAACACAGACGAGGUCACGAAAGAGGACAUGUCCAGCCUGAUGCACUCCGUGUUUGAGGUUUUAGAGACAUCGGUGAAGCAGCCUUGCAGUGGCACUAGGCCCCUCAGGAUCAAGCUAGCUGUAACUUCCUCACAUUUUCCAAGCAAGAGCUCAAACACAGAUGCAGAGCAGGAGCAGAGUGGAUCUCAGGAGGCCGGACGUCCAAUGAGAAGGCUCUUCUGUGUGUAUGAAAACAAAGAGCGCAGAAAGCACUACCAGGAUCUAGCUGGCAUUGAAAAUUAUGCCUCCAAGUUUGACAAUCCAGACUCACCUCCUCUUCAGCACCAUCUAGUGGUGCACUGUGAGAACUCUGUGCAUUCUGAGUCACCUCAAGACCUCCGUGUUGUUCACUCCAUGAGAAGCAGAUCCAUGUGUGAUAGGACCAGAGCUGAGAGAAAGUCCUGCAGGCUGCAUGGUCGGCACCCUGCUUCGUGGUGCCAUCCUACCCAGACUCUCCUUCGAGCCUCCCAGAGCCUCCCGCGUCGCUCCCAUAGCAGGAAGCUUCACUCCACGGUACAACAUUCUGCCUCGCCCCGUACACACGCUGGCUUCCAGUCACAGCCAGGACAAGACAGGGAGACGUUUUACAGCCUUCAGCCCUCCUGUGGUGUCCCGCUGGCCCAGAGACAUGAGCACCAUCACUUCCAUGAGCAUCAUCACCAUCAUCACCACUACCACCCAUCAUAACCUCAUGUGAUACACAUAUAAGACAGAGCAAAACACCCAGAGAGACAGCAACAGAAGAUACCAACGGAACAGCAGCUACAAAAGAGACAAGACGCUGAAUCAAAUACAUACCAACACACACAAAAAAAACUAAAG